AUGCCUCGGACUAGAAAUCGAAUCACCACCUUGGCGCAGAGAAAGAGGAAAAAGCCAGACGAUGAGGCUUCUCUAUCAUCGGCAUCUUCCUUUGAUUCUUCUUCCAAUAAGAAUGCCGCAAAACAAAAGUCAGAAAUCAGAAAGAAAUCUCCUCGCAAACGACCCAGCAGGAAACGAGAACGCUUGGACAAGCCAGAAGCAUCUGAAGAGCAACAGGAGCAGCAAGUCGCUUUAAAAGAGGUGGUUGUCAUGGAAAGAACAGUCAGUAAACUGACUCCCAAGAAACGAGCUCUACGAGAAGUGGAAGAAGCAUCAUCUUCUUAUCAAAUCGAAAUCAAUCGCCGAAAGACUGGCAAAAAGAAGGAGGAAACUACAAAACGAACCAAAGUUUCUGCACCCGUUAACGAUUUGACUGAUACUGAUGAUGGUGAAACUUCAGAUGCUGCAAAUGUCAAUCAGGAAGAAUUUGUUCGCAACGGCGGGCCAAACAAUGAUACUGUUACUACGUCUCAACCAGAUGCCGCUGAGUCCUUAGCAGUCGCCGCUGAUCCUGCCUAUCUGUUGAAUCCUCCUUUGGGGCUUUUGGGCGAAGAUGCUGAAGAGGAUGAGAUUGCAGCUGCCUUGCCGUUUGCCAUUUCCACCAGCGGGGAUGAAUUGGAUGGUUCUCUACCUGCUCACGAUAGCAGCGCAUUCCGCCAAGCAUUGGUAACCCCACAGCAGCAGCCAUCAUUGUAUCGGGGCGAGAAUGACAAUGCUUCAGACAUUGCCAAUGAUACAAGCAACCAGUCAUCGUUUGCUGCAUCCACUGGUGACAAUAUUGAGGCUCCUUUGCACAAGGAUAGUGGGGAUUACUUCCACUUGCCUCCGCAUGUAUCCACUGAAAAGGCAGAAUUGGAUCAUCAUACUCAUCAAGAAGACGCAAGUGCUGCUGUGGGUGCCAGUGACGAAGACGCAACAAAUGGGAAAGGGGAUGACGAUAUCAUGAGGCCAAGAUCCUUGUUGCACACACUGGAGAAGGACAAGAACAAUUCGCCAACUCCUACUACUAGUACGAAUGAAGAGGAUGCAGACAAUCCAGCUGCCAAUGGUACUGGCGCGGAUAUUACCACCAGUAGCAGUAGUGUGGAAGUGAUGAAUCCGAAUGAAAGUGCCGUGGUCUCCCAUGUCGAAGAAGUAGUGCCAGUCGUGGUGCGGUCGCAAGGGACACAACAGCAACGAAAGGUUCGAUGGCAGCCAACAGUGCAAGAGUUUCCUGCUCCGCCUCCAAGGCAGCCACCGUCGUCGUUUCUUCCAGUGAAAGAUUUAAAACCAAGAACACCAACGGCAAGAGUGGUCUCGCCUUCCACUGCAAUGCUGAAUGCCAGCUAUCAUGAUGAUGACAAUCAUCAUCGUCAAGUCAUCAACGACACUGACACGCUUAGAACAAGACGAAACAAAAGAUUGCUGCUGCUAGUGUUCUUGGCAUAUUGCAUGAUUGCCAUUUCCGAUAUCUUUGCCAUUGGUGCAGUGAUGGUUCCUCCAAAAUGGACGACGGCAGUGACGAACAUGAUGAUAAUUCCGACUACCAGUAUUAGUAGUAGUACGAGCAGCAGCUAUCGCCAACUGAAUCAAAUGGCAAUCACUGUAAACCAAAUGCACAAGGAUAAUACCGAGAUACUCGAGGAAAGUGGCACCAACUUGAUGUCAUCCAUGCAUGAAAUCCGACAAGAGGUUUUUGUUCGGUUUGAGGAUGUGCUAGAUGGUGGAAAAGGAACUUUUUUGGCAGUUGCAAACAAGAUGCAAGAUUAUUCAUCUGCGAUACUGAAAGGUUCAAAUGAAAUACUUUGGCAAACGUCCAACAAGAUUCGGGAAGAAUUUUCAGCCACGGUUCCAGUGGUGAUGCAAGGUCGAAGGGAUUUCCUGUUGGAUUCCGUCAAUAUGAUUGGAGAGUACUCUCACAAUGCUGUAUUGGUGCUGGAUAAUGUCCGAGCCAUGCUGUGGGACUCGGUAAACAAGAUUUAUGAUUCUCUCGCAACUCUGCUUGUCAAUAAUGGAAGCAAACUAUUGGAUUCAAUGUACCGGCUCAGAGAUUCAAUCGUGGACGGUAUUCAAAUGGAAAAGCCAGUAGUGUCGGAUGCUACAUUUGCAAGCAACAACGAAAAAGUCGAUUCCGAGACUCGAUUGCCAGACGAGGAAAUGAAGGACGAAGUUGCAGCUACUACCGAAACCGUCAAUACCGUGGACAGCGAGCCAGAACACUCUCAAGAUGAUCGAAUUGAAAGCGAGGAACCAACAGAGCUAAGAAUGGAUCAUGUGCCAGUGUCGGUUUCGCAAUCAGCAACGUCCAUGGAAUCGAAGAAUGAACAGAUGUUUGCAACCAAUAACGAAAAAGUCGAUUCCGAGACUCGAGAGCCAGACGAGGAAAUGAAGGACAAAGUGGCAGCUACUACCGAAACCACCAAUACCCUGGACAACGAGCCAGAACAUUCUCAAGACUAUCCAAUCGAAAGAGAGGAACCAACCGAGCUAACAAUGGAUCAUGUUCCAGUGUCGGUUUCGCAAUCACCAACGUCCAUGAGAUCGAAAAAUGAACAGAUGUUGCCGUUGACCAACCGCAUUCUGGAAGAAAUCUACGAAGAAGCUAUUCCAGACACUAAGAUAAUUGACGUGGCAGACACCGAGGAAUCUAGUUCUGAGGAUGGAAACGAAUCUGAAUGGGACCUUUCCAAAGAAUCGGAGCCAUCAUCGGAGCCAGAAAUUAUCGACCAAAUAGUUGUGCAAGAGAACGCCCUUCCAAAGGACUCACUACCAAAUCCAGGUAGUAGUAUCAUCACAGACGAACAGCAAGCGGAGGAAUCGGAGAGUCGAGAUGGCCAAUCUAUCGACCACGCAAUCGACGACCAUUCAGAGAGACGCAUCCAAAUAGAAUCGGCGACUGAAAGCCACGCAGAUCAGAAUGAUAAAGCGAUCAAGAACCAAGAUACCAACUCCUUGGGAGUUUCGCAAAAGCGCGUGAGGUUUGCUGAUGAUUCUUCAAUCCAAAAGUCCGAUAAGGCAGAGAUCGACGACGAAGCAAGUCUGACAGAUACCACUGUCGACUCUUCCGAAGAUCAAUCUGUUCUGGACGAAUUGAGCGAGGAAAUUGCCCGUAUCGAUCUUGAUUCGGGAGAAGAGCAAUCCCCCAAACCCAACCACAACGAACAGGCCCCAUCUCUAGGAAGGCUAGCUUUUUCUGUCCCUCCAAAGAUUAUUUCGCUUGCGGCAAUACUGAAUUCUACUAUCAGCACUAAAAACGGCCGCCUUUCCAAUCGCUUGAUUAAUGCAAAGAAUACUGUUUUCAAGAAGCAUAGAAGGGAGAAACCGGGACUGCGAAAACGGUUUUCAUUGAUGCUGUCAAGGUUCACGGCGAUUCUCCGGGAGCAAAAAAAGGAUGUCAUGUCCACACGGUGGAAAGGAUCCAAGCUCGGCCGUUCCAAAAGGGAUCCGUCGAAGCGUGCUUCAUCGGUUCUGACGAAGUCAAAAUCCUUCAUUGGGCUUCAAAUGGCUGUCAUUGGCAAUCGCUUGAAGAAAUUGCUGCCUUUGACUUCUAAGAAGGAGGCACCAAGGGUGGUGCUAUCCAUGACGCCGGUACAACCAAGAGAACCAGUAGGAGCUCCCAUUUUGCAGAAAUACAAGGUCGCCAAAAAAUCCAAUAUGGAGAAAUCAGCCAAGCUUCAGAAUGCAAGAAGGGAUGAUUCCAAACAUCCAGGAAAUGUUGGACGAGAGCUACUCAGAAAGGUACGACCAGCCAUUGUCAAGUCGAGCCAAGCAAUGGUGCAAUGGGUUAAGCGACGUUUUCUUGCCACCAAGGCUCUGAUGAGACAAGAUUCGAUCGAAGAAUCCAUGCUGUAG